ACUUGGCGCUUUUUUCGUCGCCGCCACCCCUUCUGCCGAUUCCAGCUACACUCCCGGCGGGCCCGCAUUGUGAUCGUUGCCCUCGCCGAGCCUCUAACGCGUUACCCUCGAACUCUACUCGAGUGAUGUAUUUGCCAUCGUUUGUCACAUGCGGCCCACACACCUCCAUCUGCACAUUGUAAUGCGUUCUGCCUCUCGUCGCCGCUGCCCCUCGCCAUAGCACCGUUGCCUCGAUGGGCUUCCACGAUAACGGCAGAGAAGUCGCCAGGAUGAAAGAAGCGCAGCUCGAAGCGGGAGAUCUGGAGCCGAUGCGCCUGAAUCUCCUGGCUCAGGAGGAUGACAUAAGACGACAGCAGCAACAACAACAACGGCAACAGCAAGGAGACAAUGUGAUCAGGAUACAGGAUCUCGCAGCACAGGCGAGCAUGCGCGCGGGAGAAUACUAUGAGAGGAUAGAUCCUCAUGUGCAGACGGCGCGGGCACACGCCUCACGAGUAUUUGCUCCUGUAGCAAAAGUCCUCGCGCCUGCAAGAAAAGCCAUUGCUCCAGCUGCGGCCGCGGUGGCACCCCUGGUGGGAGUUCUCGCGCCCGUGGCUUCCAUGUUCAGGCCUUCAUUCCUGCCAAAGCAAAAUACUGGCGGGCACCGAAAGCUGAGGAAGACAGCAUACCUGGAUGGAAUCAGAGGAUUCGCGGCACUGAUGGUGUACUGUCUGCAUCAUCAGCUAUGGGCUCACGCAUUCUACGACGGAUCGCCGGCGCUCGAGAAUACCUUUGGAUACAAUGGCAAAUAUUACUUUGCGGCGCUGCCAUUCAUCCGGACCUUCUUCUCCGGCGGGCAUUUCUCAGUGUCCUGCUUCUUGGUCCUCUCAGGAUACGUUCUGUCUGUCAAACCACUGCAGUUGAUGAGACAAGGAGAAUACGUGUUGUUGGGCGACAACGUCUCCGCUUCGCUGUUCAAGCGCUGGCUGCGGCUGUACAUUCCCAUUAUCAUUGUGUCCUUCAUGAUUAUGUGCACACCACACUUUUUCGGCAUUCACAUGAGCUUCGAGCCGCAAAAAUCGUGGAAAGACGAAGUUUGGAAGUGGUACUGCGACUGCAAGAACAUGUUCUUCAUCUGGGACACUGGCAACCGAGUCAUCAAUGACUAUCAUCCGCAUAUCUGGACGAUUCCAGUAGAAUUCAAAGGCUCCAUCACAAUCUAUACUGCACUCAUGGCAGUAUCGAGGAUGACACGAGACGGCAGAUUGUUCGCGCUGUGUGUGCUCUGGUACUACUUCAUGUACAUCACGGACGGAUCCUACUACUGCAUGUUCGUGUCUGGUAUGAUUCUCUGCGAUCUGGAAUUGAGGGCCGCAGAAGGAACACUUCCACGCUGGAUGAAAUCCUUGGAGCCUUACAAGAAAAUGAUAUUCUACACGCUGUUCACGGUUGCGAUUCUGCUCGGCGGCAUUCCCUCGCACUCGAUCGAAGUGAACCUGCUCAAGAGCAGUCCUGGAUGGUACUACCUGGCAUACUUCAAACCCCAAGCUGUCUUCGACUUCAGAUGGUUCUUCCUGCACUGGGCGGCUGUAUUCCUGGUGGCCUCUGUCCCACACAUCAACUGGGCCAAGAAGUUCUUUGAGACUCGCUUCUGCCAACAUCUUGGACGCAUCUCCUUCAUGCUCUACCUCAUGCACGGCCCUGUCCUUUGGAUAUUGGGAGACAGACUCUACUGUGCCGUCGGCUGGACCAUCCCCGGUCAUCACAUCCUCCUCAUGCCUUGGUGGGUUGGUCGCUUCCCUCUUCCGAAAUGGGGACCAAAGGGAUUGGAGCUGAGCUUCAUCGCUUGCCAAUUCAUCUUGUUGCCCGUCACGAUGUGGGUCGCAGAAGUCAUGACCAUUGUCGUCGACGACAGUGCCAUCAAGUUCACGGCAUGGCUGUACUCGCGAUUCUUGCCUGAAAAGCCAUCCACGAAAGCUGUUACGAGUCAGAGCGAAGAGAAGACCAGUUCAUAGCGCUACGAGAGAGUAACACAGUCUCUCAUGAUAAUGUGAUUCAUUGUACAACUGUUACCAACCUUCUCUCACUCGUCUCCACUUCAUGUCUCUCAACAAUAACCAGCAAUCACGAUCUCUACCUCUUACCCGGAUGGAUGUUUAACAACGACCUCGUAAAACUUGCGAUCACAUGCAUGGAAACUUGGGAAGCUGCUCCGAAUGAUCGUGCAGUAGUCCUGUAGCUCCAGGCCCGUCUCCAAGCCCGGCCGCAACUCAAUCAAGCUUAACUAUGCCUAAAGCAAGCAUAAUCGUCUCCGCUUCAUAGAGUGGUCGAGAUCAGCCACUUGGCUUGCCUUGCGGGGAAAUGCGGAAGUUGCCUUGAGGAGAAGGACGCCUCAAAACACGCAGGCGUAGACGAGGCGC